UGUUGCUAUUGAGUUUCUAACUAAAACGUAAUAAAUGCAUCGUGUUGGAUAUGAUAAGUUUGAAGACAUGCAAGGUGUUUUUACUGUUUAAUAUGCUCUUCAUUUUAAAACAUUAAGGAUUAAGCUUUCAUACAUAAAUUAACAAUGGGAAAUUGUUUACAGGGAAGUAGACGUACACCUUAUCAUAACCAAAGUGGACAUUCCACAAAUCCACAAGGUAUAGAACCAAACCAGUUAUACCCAGUUCUACAGCAAGAUGGCAGUUCUAUCAUGGCGUCAGCUCCACCACCAUAUUCGGAAAGGGAUCCAAACAUACCACAGAUAUCAAACGGCAGACAAUCUGUUCGACAUGUGCAGAGGAACAGACCAUCGAUGUUCGCCCAGGAACAGAAUCCAACAGAAAACAACAAAAUCUUGGUAGCAGCUAUUGAUUUUGGAACGACAUUCAGUGGGUAUGCAUUUUCUUUCCGACAUGACUACGAAGCAGACAAACUGAAAAUAUCAACCAAUCUUUGGCCUCAUAACAGUGGGUUGUCGACAAAAGCUCCAUCGGCUGUUCUGAUUGGGCCCGAUAGACAAGUUGUUGCAUUUGGUUACGAUGCUCAAAAGAAGUAUGCAGAUAUAUUGGAAACUGACAAUGGGUCUGAAUACAUGUAUUUCCAGAAAUUUAAGAUGAUACUUUACACAACAGAGAACUUAAACAGCCAAACUCUGAUUUAUGACGUCACUGGAAAGGAGAUGCUAGCUAUUGAUGUAUUUGGUCUGGUGAUAGGUUAUCUGCGGAACCAUUUGCUACAGCGACUGCGCGGGAGAGACAAUCAAACUAUCUUUCAAGAAAACAUGAUACAAUGGGUGGUAACUGUUCCGGCCAUUUGGAAUGACAAAGCAAAGCAGUUUAUGCGACGGGCAGCAGACCAGGGAGGUAUCAAGAAUGAAAAUUUGACAUUAGCAUUGGAACCCGAGGCAGCAGCUUUAUACUGUAGAUAUAUCCCACAGUGCAUUAGUGCAGCCGGAAGUACGAUGUCUACAACUGCAUUAGGAAAAGGAACAAAAUAUCUUAUCUUAGAUUUGGGAGGAGGGACCGUUGAUGUAACAGUUCAUGAAAUACAAGAGGAUGGCGCUUUACAAGAAGUUCAUUACGCUUCCGGAGGUUGUUGGGGUGGUUCCACAGUUGAUAUGGAAUUUAGGAAUCUAUUGAUCAACAUUUUCGGGUCUCAAGUUAUAGAAGAAGCAAAUUCAAAAUAUCCACACGAAAUACUAGAUCUGUUCUUAGACUUUGAAAUGAAAAAGAGAACUUUUGAACCCGGACAAACGACAAGCGUUGCAUUAAAAUGUCCGGCAUGCUUAUACGAUAUUUUUAAAGACAGAAACAAUAUAACAAUACAAGAACACAAUACACAAAGCGAAAUGAAAGAAGCCGUAGAAUUCAAAAGAGAUAAGAUUUUCGUCUUUGCUUCUACCUUUAAGUCGUUGUUUGACAAUUCAGUGGCUGCCAUUGUUCAUCACCUUAACGAGUUGCUCCACACAUCGCCGGUUACAGGUGUAACAACGAUCCUCCUGGUGGGUGGAUACUCUGAUUCGUAUGUGAUCAAGGACGCUAUAGUUUCAAACUUUCCACACAUGCGCAUAAUAAAUCCUGACGAUUGCUCGUUAGCUGUUCUGAAGGGUGCAGUUCUUUUUGGACAUGAACCAAACGCGAUUACAUCACGAAUAUGUAAAUAUACAUACGGGGUUGUAAUGAACAAACUGUUUAUUGAUGGUGUUCAUCCUGACAGUAAACGACGUAGGUACAACGAAAUGGACAUUUGCGAUGACAUAUUUGAUAUUCAUCUGCAUAAAGGAGAAAAAAUCGAAAUAGGCAAACCGAGACCAGAGAGAGCUUAUUACGCACCAUAUAUUGGCGCAGACAGUGCACUUUUGGAAGUGUAUGCUUCAACAUGCGAGUCACCAACAUUUGUGACAGAAGAUUCGUGUAGCUAUCUUGGCAGUCUCGUUAUACAGCUAUCACCAGAUGCCAAUGACAAAAUGAAAGAACAACUCAUCAAUGUUAGUUUUCACUAUUGUGGCACAGAAUUAGAAGUUGCUGCUAGGGAAGAAAAAACUAGAAACGUAAUGAAGGCAAAGUUUGAUUUUAUAGGAUAGCAUAUAUUGCAGAUCGAUAUAAAAUGAUUUUUUUGUGAAUAUUCUGAUGAUUAUAAUGUAAUUUAUACAACUAGAAACUAAACUGAAAAAAAGAAGAUGUUGAUUCUAGUCAAUUAAAUUAAAGUU